AUGGUGGCGACACUGUUGUUGACAGGACUUCUCUUGCUUGAGCACACGUGGGGCUGGGGACCUUAUACUCACGCAGGCUUUGGAUCGCUCUUUUAUGCUUCAUAUGCUGCGAAUCAUGCUUGCAACGGCAGCUUGCGUGGUGACUCAACAAGAAGAUCUCAAUCUCACCAUGAACAACCUACUGCAGCAGCAUCGAGUGUGUUGGAAGGUGUUUUUGUGACCUCCAAUUUCUUUCCAGAUGCCUUCAAAUUGGAUCGCAGUUGGAUGCAUUCCUUUGAAUUUGCGGCAUUUCAACUGGAACGAGCUGCCGCGUUGGAUACCAAUGCUACCAGUACUAGUCCGGCGGAUUAUCACCACAGCAAAAGCUGGUCUACUGGCCUAGAGUUUAUACGCACGGAUAGUAUCAAGGCAUUCAGCUAUGGCUACAUGAUGCAUUUGGUAGAAGACUUUGUGGGUCAUCAUGAAGGAGGAUAUCUCAACCCAAAGCAUGACCACCCUUUGGAAUUCCAUGUGGAUACCCUGUUUUACGAGGACCACAGUCACGAUCCUUCGCCAUGGCAGUAUCGCAACAAGGGUAUGGAAAUCAUUGAGGAGAACCAGCAUGUGAAACAACAGCUGGUAAAAUUUGUGUCUGAAACUAGUCAACAAUAUGCCAAACAAUUUCCGAACAUGGAAGGGCUAUCUAUGAAAGAGGUUGACAGGUGUAUCCAAAGAUUCUCCUCUGCUCUUCACAUGGAAACGUUUGCCAUGGUUGCAAAUUCAAAGACCUACAAAGGCGGUAUCACACGCUACGAUGUGUGCCAUGCAAAAACGUUUCUAGCCGCCAAUGCUACGCUCACUAGGGCCAUUCGGUGGGUGGAAGAAGCAAUGGGCGUCUUUGAACACAACCUAUUCCCGUUCCACGGUUUUGCGGCCACAAACAAGAUUCUGGUGGCUACCAACGCGAUUCGGCGAUGGGUCGAAGCCACAUUUGCACAGCAUAAUGGAACAAUUUGCAAAGGACGGACUGCUUUGCGUCCUCACCCAAAAAUUGACAGCUCAACAGUGUUUUGA